AUGACUAGGACAACAGAGUUAAAGAAUGGCGAGCAGAAGGAAAGGAAGAAACCUGGCAGAGUUCCAUGCGAGACCUGCGUAAAACGUGGCUGCUCCACAAUAUGUCCUAGUGGAUCAUUGACAGCGGGAAAGGGCAAUCGCCUUGUGCUCGCAAAUACAGAGGAGUUACAUAGCAAAAUCGAAGUCAUGUCAGCGCGAAUGCGUGAACUCGAGGAAACCCUCCGCCAAAUGCAUUCUAAAGUAUCCGAUCUACCGCACCCGCUACUUUCAGAUACCGAUACAGUCAUUUCAAACGAUAGUCCGGAAUCCAGCUCAAGCAGUGACUUUCCAGAACAACAGCCUCAAGCUUCGAAUAAGGCUGAUGCUGAUUCUGUCAUAGAUGCAUUUGGCACGCUCACCAUUGGCACUCGUGGAGAAACCAUUUUCAUGGGCGGCACCGCCCGUUCAGAACCACCUCUGAAACAACAACCAAAGCCUGCUUUUUCUGAAACCUUUCCCCGACUUUCGAAACAGAUCCUCGAUGCUUGGUUACCUGGUUCUGACUGUGUCCAGACUGAUAAUGGCCUCUGGGAACCUGUUUAUUCAUAUCUACCUCCAUUGUCAGAGGCGGUCCGCCUUAGUGAGAUUUACCUUGAAUGGGGUAAAGUCUUGUGGACUCCCCUGACACGAUCGGAACUUUUCGAUAAUAUCCUUCGAAGAAUAUCAUAUUCUAUCGCACGUGUCGAUGCACUUCACUUCCCCCUGCACGGAAACGAGUGUCCAUACUCUUAUCGCACUGAUCUUUCUGGUGCUAGGUGGAAACUCAGCGACGCUGUUGUUCAAAAACGCAGCUCCGUCUUUUGGCAGAUGUUCAUGUUGGACACCUGGAUUAGUUUCCAUGCUGGCCGCCCACCGAACGUCUCUCCCGAUUGGAUCGACACUCCUUACCCAAAUGAUGAUUUCGCGGUAGUCAACGACAAAGGGGAAAAGGAGAUGAGUGGACAUAUGUGGUCGUGGAAAUUUUCGCGGCUCCUGCACCACGUAAUGGUCAAUGCAUUUGGAGCCAAAACACCCACCUACCGCACAAUCCUCGAACUCGAUCGGAAAAUCCGCGAUUUCCCUGUCCCACCUCAUCUCCAGCCCCGCUGUGCUACAAGUGAAACUCUCACAAAAGCCGCGAUUCUCCAGCAAGUCCAGACGUCUUUUCUCCUCACAAACAAGGAAACCACGUUGUUAAAUAUCCAUCGACGAUACUUCACGCAAGCUUUGGAGGACCAGCCCGAUGACCUCUUGAAGCAUAAGUACGGCCCCUCGGUCAUGGCGAUGUAUCGCUCUGCAUGGCGAGUGAUAGAAAGUCACUCGCAUGCAGCUAGGAAGAUUCCGCAAGUGAUUGAACGAUUAGGUUUGUUCUGGUCACAGGCACUAUCCGCCGCCAUCGUCAUGUGCAUGAUCGUUAAUCGUGCGCCUCAAUCAAACAUAGCGCCUCCUUCAUUGCGCGAGCUUGAUGUCGUUUAUGAAGUAUUCCAGAAGUCAGCGCCUACCUCAAAGCCUGCCGCUGUACUCCUCGACUCGAUAACAAAAGUCUGGAAAAAAGGCCACGACGCUGUUGAUCGCCCUCUUUAUGACGAUCAGUCCAGCUUAUCCCGCGCCGAGCUCGAUCGCCUUGGCGGCGGCAAAACUCAUCUAAUAUCCCAAACGAGCCCUCGAUCUAGCGCGUCGCCACCGUCUGUCCAACCUACACCAUCAGAAGCCGAGUCAAGCGGCUCGUCCCAGUCAUGCAGACAACCCACAUGGGAAGGACAGAGCGUCGGGUUCGAUAUACACCCGCGCAUCAUGCAGGACAUGCGCGUCUUUGACAAGUUCGAGCAAUCACCGUUCACUGCGGGCGGCUCUUUUGACUCGCAUGAGUCUUUCUUCCAGGCGAUGAGCGAUGUGCAGUUUAGUGGGUCGAGUGUGUAUGGGGCAGAGAUCUAUAGUGGACAGCCGCAGGUGCUGAAUACGUUUCAUCCGGCACAUUCAUAUAGCGCCCCGAAUGGGAUACAGGAGGUGCCAGUGCUGGAUGCGGCGUGGCAGAGCUUUGUGGAGCAACUGGGGUUUUAA